AUGCCUAGAAUUCUUCAAGCUUUGCUCUGUCUUGCACCUCUUGCUGCAGCCUUCCCUGCCAGUGUUCUGGAAGCUGUCAAGUACCAUCCUGGGCUUCAGGCUCGUGCGAACGAGAUCCUCCAAGAGAGACAAGCUGGCGCCGCUGCUGCUCAGACUCUAUUUGAGCCGGUUCCCAUUUUCAAUGCUGCGGAGCAAUACGGCAACGUCAGUGCAGGAAGUGGACACGAAUAUGUUGCACCAGGACCGAACGAUCUGCGCGGUCCCUGCCCCGGAUUGAAUGCCUUUGCAAACCACAACUUUUUGCCGCACAAUGGCUAUGCUACCAUUGAACAAUUUAUCGAAGCCACCAGCGAGGUCGUGGGUAUGGGACCCGACCUUGCCGCCUUCCUGUCUGUCUACGGCGCGGCUAUCGAUGGCGAUGGCUUAUCGUGGUCGAUCGGUGGUACACCAGGCCCAGGUGUUGGCCUUCCUCUCUCCGGUCUAGGCAAUGGCAUUUCUGGCUCGCACAACAAGUACGAAAGCGAUGCUUCGCCCACUCGUCCUGAUCUGUACGAAGCAGGCAAUGACUAUAAAACCGUUGCUAAGCAAUUUGAACAACUUAUCAGCAUGUCACCCGGCGGUCAAGUGACUCUCGAAAGUCUCACUGCGUUCCGCUCCGUGAGAUUCGACACUCAAAUUGCCAACAACCCUUAUUUCUUCAAUGGUCCAUUCACCGGUGUGCUAGUGCAACCUGCAGCGUACACAUUCAUCUACCGCUUCAUGGCCAACCACUCGGCCGAAGCCCCAUAUGGCUACCUGAGCUAUGAUACAAUCAAAUCUUGGUUUGGCAUCACUGGCUCACAGGGCUCGUAUGUGGCACACCAAGGCCAAGAGCAAAUCCCCAACAAUUGGUAUAAACGCGCGAUCGCAUAUCCUUACUCGAUUCCCUACUUCCAGGUGGAUCUCCUGAAUGCUGCACUUCUUCACCCUAAGUUCCUCAACAUCGGCGGUAACCUCGGCAAGACAAACACUUUCACCGGUGUUGAUGUCACCAAUCUCACAGGAGGCGUUUUCAACGCUGCAGGCUUGCUCCAGGGCAAUAAUGCCGCUUGCUUCGCUUUCCAAUUUGCCACACAAGCCAAGCCAGAUGUCGCACUGAGCGUGUUCAACGUGGUGAACAAGGCCCUGGGUAGCGUGCUCAGUGUCUUGGGCUGCCCACAGCUACAGCACAUCGAUGAUGAGCAGCUGAUGCAGUUUCCGGGUUAUCAGAAGAGUACUCAGGCUGGUAUCACCAAGUAG